AGGCUGACUGGCGGCUGGCUGGGAGGGUCCGUUGUCAUGAAGGCCACAGGUAGUCAUCACCCCCAAGACGUUCCUGCACUGCCUCUCCACCUUAGGGACAUGCACGCCCUCAAAGCUAUGGAAUGGUCUCUGUAUGAGCCGCGGCAGGUUGGCGGUGCAGGGAGAGGUUGACUGGCUGGCUGGGAGGGUCUGUCACCAUGGCCAAGUUGUCAUUACUCCCACGACGUCCCCAGCAUCGCCACCUCCAGGCUCCUCCCAGGUGCUGGUCUUAUCCUCAAGGUGUUGCGCUAAUGUCGAACGAGUCAGUAAGAUGAGGCAUAAAGGAAUAUGGUUCGCCUGGGACUGACAAAUGCCUCCUUGGGAAGGAGAGAAGAUGGCCGCUUAUCCUCACAGGGUGACUCAGAACAGAGUUAUUCACACACAGCUGAUGAGCACAUCAGGCAGUAUCCACAUAGCCAUCAUAUGCACACUUCAAACCCAAGGAGUUCUUCAUUGGUCACAGAGGAAAGCCACACCGAGCCAAGCCCUUCUGCAUCACACUACUCUUCCAGCCACGUAAAUGAAGUCCUGCAACCCCCUCGUAGUCUCCUGACUGUGUUCAACAAAAAUGCUCAGAUAAGUUAUUUUCCUUCACCAGGAUGGUCUCAGAAGCCAGGGAGAACACACCCUGAUGUACAUGCGAGGGGAUCACAAAAAACAAGUAGUUCAGCUAACAGUAGUUCAUCGUGCAGCUCAUCACCUGACAUUAAUUAUACAAGGGAUAUCAAGUUUUGUCCAGUAUGUCGCUCUUCUGUGGUUGCUGGAACUGCUCAUCACUGCAAAAUUAUACCAGAGCCAUCUACUAUAGCGUUUCCAUCAUGUGCCACCACUGUGAACGUGUCGCAGCACCCACCAGUGCCAAGACAAGGGCCUCAAGUACUUGUGUCAUCACAAGCUGCACAUGACAGCCGUAUCCAUAAUGUGCCUGAAUCUGAUGAUCAUCAUAUCCAGAAUAGAUUACUCCCUAAUCUUUUACCCAUUUCACAAGAAUCUACUUGUUCUGCAGAGAUUCCUCCAUCUGAAAUGAAAAGUGGUAGCACAGAAGCAGCAAUUUCUGCCACAAGGCCAGAUACAAUGCCCACACCAGCUGUAACUCAUUCCAUGUAUGAAAUGCAUCCUAGCAGAGAUCAACCCCCACUCCAUAGUGUUGCCACUGAAGGAAAACCCAGUCAGGGCUCAUCAUCAUUAUGGUCUGGGAGUGAAAGGCCUUCCUUCACAAGAAGUGAAGCUUGGGAGACCCCUACAAGCCUCAUCUCACGCCUCACUGCAGGACUGACUGCAUGCUCCAGCCAGUCACAACAGCAAGGAGAAAAAAGACCAUCACGCAGCAACUGCCCUUCGCCCUCAAUAAGCGAAGAGAGCGAUACCUUAAGCUAUAUUUGCCUUGAAGAGUCAACACAAGCUGAAGACCCUUUCCAUGCAGCCCACCAAGAACUGAUGGAUGAGGUGCUUAAAGGGGAGUCACAGUACUACAGCUCCAGCAGUGCCACCAGCAGCAGCAGUGGGAGGGGGAGUGCCAACAACCGUCCUCGUAAAGUACAAAAGGAACUUCCAGGAGCAUCAGAAAACAGAUUUGAAAAGAGUCAGAAGCGCUUGGGUAGUGAGACUGUGUCUUCAGAAUUAAUGUGUGUGGACUCGAAUUUUUCCAAAGAGUCUGACACCGAUGAGUGCAGUAACACCAGUAGCAGGUACUCAGAGAGAAGCAGUCAGCCACCUGAUAUAGCCACACUUCUCAAGUCUAUAAAACAGCCUACCUUGAUUCCUUAUGUUCCAGAUAAAUCAAAUAUUCAUGACUUUAUUGACCCUGAAGAAAUUGGUCACAUAAAUCACCUGAUCAAAAGCCUAUCAGAUUCAGUUCUGACCAUAAGUUUGCCUGAUACUUUGUACAAAAACAAAGGGUUUACACCCCUUGACUACAUGGAUAUACAUUUAAAUGCUGUCAUGCGUCAGUUCUUCUUUGUUUUUAAAAAUGAAGACUUUUUGAACCUCUUGAUGACUGAUCAAAUUUCAUUGCUAAAUGGGUGCUCACUGAGGGCAGUCAUUUCUUCUGGUCUGUACUUGUUUAGUAAAGACACUGGUUGUUGGUAUAUUCCCGGCUCCACCAACAGACUCAAUCACCCUGUGGUGCACAUCUCUGACUUGCUUCAGGUGUACCCUCAACACAUUGUCUCCAAGAUGUAUGAACUACACUCAGCUGCUGCCAAACUGGACUUUGACUGGUCCAUGGGGGUGAUCACCAACUGCAUCCUCAUGUACACCCCAAUUAAAAAGGUAAUCCAGGACAUGGAAAAAGUUGACUACUUGAGGAACAAGUAUGUUCAACUUUUAUUGAAGUAUAUAUCCUGGAAACAUGGACACCACAAUGCAGCCUUGAUAUUCCCUGAGCUUCUGAAGAUCUUAGAUGCUCUGCUCCUCCUUGUUGAUGAGUUGUCAGGACUCACCUUGAACUUGAAUGAAGAGGAGGUAAUAGCCGUUGGGGAAAGACUCUCCACCCUGACUAUGAUGCAAAUGGCACCUCUGAAAAGUCACUCCAAUAGAUUCAAAGAAGAAAUUUCUUCAUGGUCAACCAUGAAAUGUGUAAAUCUAACCGAAAUCAACAAUAGAUUAUGCAUGGCCUUGCAGCUCGGUAUGGUAGAAUCCCUUCGUACAAACACUGCUGAGUACUGGACUGCAAGCAGUGCAUUGUGUACUCCCAAUUCUAAUCAUGAUGACAAUUCUUCAAUCACAGAGAAGAAAUUCCCUCAAAUAUUGCCUGUUCCUGAAAAGGUACACAAAUUGAAUUCCCUCAAUUAUCAAGGAAAAGAUGAAGGCAUUGGUGAACGUUCUAAAAUUUCUUUCCUCUGUGAGAGAGAUUUGAUGAUGCUGAGACAAUUUUUAGAAGAUGCAACAGGUAGAGAAAACUCACCCUUGAUUGAAAACAUUAAGGAAAAGAUGGAUGCCAAGCAAAUUAAGCUUAUUAUCAAGAAACUGUGCUCAUAAUGUUGGUCUAAUUUGCCAUUACUUUUAUAUACCUUCUUACAUGUAUGUAUUCUUACAUAUAUAUUUAGCUUUGAUUAAAAAUGGAGGUCACUCUUCCAAUACUUCUUUGAUAUAUCUGUCCUUUUAUUUCAUAUUUAAAUAGCCUUAGGCAUGGCAAUAGAAUUCAGGACCCCUUUGUAUAUUUAUACAUAAAAUAAUUGUCAAUGCCUCAGGUAGUAUGUAAAUUUGCUAAAUCUAUAGUUAAUAUUAGUAUAAUUUUUAUGAAACUGAAGGAAAAUGCAAUGCAGUGUGUUCAAAUGAUAAUACAAUGAAGCUUUCACUGAUAAGGAACAUCAUUCUUAGUCGGCUUGGCUUUACCAAGCUUAUUUUCUAUCGAUGUGUUGCUUGCAGUGUGGCAUACAUAUAAGUUAAUCUUCAGUAGAAAUAUCAUCUCCAAUAAAGUAUGGAGUAUGGAACUUGGUCGAAAAGUGGGAUAAUUACUGAUGUGCAAAAGCUCACUGAUACAACGACAGGGAUCAGUCAGAAAUACUAAAAGAAUCAUUUUGUACAGUAUAAGUCCAAUAAUCCAAAUGGCAGUGAACCGAAGGUCAUUCAGAUUAUCGAAUUGUCCAAAUUAUUGAGAGGGACCCCUCAAAACAAAAACUUGAUUCACAUAAUCAGAAAAUAAAGGCAUGACAUGUUCUAUUACUCACAAGUUGAACAGCAGUUUUAGAAAGGUAAAUUCAUGUAAAGAGAGUUAAUCUAGAGGUAACAAAGGCACAAAUAAGUAAAGCAGCGUCAUGAAAAUGCCAAGGAACAAUGUCAUUCAACUGAAUAGUCGAGGCUGCCUGACUGCUGUAUUUUCACUUAAUCUAUUCUCUUUUCACUCAUUUAAGAUUUCUUACACCCACUGUACAUGUCACUUUCACUUACCAUCCUCGAGCAUCGAUUCAGGACUACACUUCUUGAAGCCAUGGGAGCCAUCUUUCUGGCGAUAUAGAUCACUAUAUGAAGUCCAAAAGUCAAGCAAAUAAUCGGCUGUCUACAUUUAGGACUAAAUUUAAAUCUUUUUCAUCCCCAGUGCUUGGCAUUGCUCAGUGUAUUUGGUACUUGAUUUGAAUUUUAUAUAUUUGUAUUUUAUUUUUGGAAUUUUUGUCAGCUACCUAAAAAAAAUUCAUACUACUGGAAUUUUCAGAUUAUCUGUGUUCGGAUUAUUGAACUUGACUGUAUAAGACUAUGUACAAAGAAAUUGAAAUUGUACUUCUCAGUCAGUCAAAUAUACACAACAGUAUAUAUAAAAAUACAAUUGUAUUACUUGGGAUCUCAUAAUCUUUGUACCAGUGAGAAUGCUCUCCUGAAACUGUUAGCUCAAUGUUAGCUACACUGAUGGCUGCUGCAGGAAAAUACUCAAAACUGGGAUAGUUGCUGUGUAUGGGAGGGGGAAUGAAUGUUGGAGAAUGUACAGCUAAUUUGGGGUUCUUUUUAAAGUAGGUAGUGAUUUGUAACUACAUCAUGAAGCUUAUAUUUAAUAAUAGAACUUUGAUACAUCUACCAUGAAAACUACCACACAAGAGCUGGUACUUAAUAGACAAUAUAGUGUUGCAAGCUUACAUGGUAUGUCGGCCAGUUGAACUAGAACUCUCAGGGCAACAGAAACACUCUGUAAUGUGUUCGAAUGAUUCUAGGGUCAGGGUAACAAGUAUGUGUCUGGGGCAUUGCAGCACGUAAAGCUGGAAUUUUGUUAAGUUUCAUUUAAGCUGAAGGUCUUUAUGACCUUACUGAUUUGCAGCAUUUUUUUCAUUGAUAAUGUUGGUGGAUUACACCAGUAAACCUCAGUAAGUUGGGAAGAAUUUGUUUGUAUAAGAUAUUCUGGUAUUACAUUAUUAUACAUUAUAAAACUGA